AUGGAUAUCACAAAAGAGAGAGAAGAUACGAAAGAGAUUAAUCAUUUUAGUCAUAAAAGCCAUCCGUUAAAGUUGGUCAACAUGGAGACGAUUCUAGGUGCUAAUUUCGAUAGCCAUGGUGGUGGUGGUGAAGAGAAAGAGAAACCAGAUGUAAUUGGUUGCUAUGCAUGUCAAAACCCUAUAUCAAGUGGCUUUGCAUAUGGCUGCACUCAAUGUCGUCAUUUUAUGCAUAAAAAAUGCUCACAAGUUGCGCCCAUUCUCAAUCUUCCUUCCAUAUAUGAGCAUCCUCUAAUAGUAUUCGAUUUCGGAUAUAAAAAAUCCGCAUCCUGGUCGUGUUAUGUUUGUCGUAAUCAACGUAAAAUUAAGGGGUUUGGUUAUUGCUAUAGCAAACCUGAGUACAACAAUGUAUUUAAUGCUUGCAUCGAUUGUUGUCUUGUUGAGAUUGCUCGCAAGGCAGAAGCUGACGCUAUCAAGGAGGCGGGAAGGAUCAAGAUUGAACAUGAAGGCCACCCACAACACACUUUAAGCCUCAAAUUAAGACCUGCUGCAUUCCGUUGUGAUGCUUGCAAUACUUAUAAGGAUGAAGGCUUAUUUUAUGAGUGUGAUAGUUGUGAUUUCUGGAUCCACAAGACUUGUGCUUCCUUAGCACCUACAAUCCAACUACCCCAUCACCCCAAUCACGAACUUGUUCUCGUCUAUUCGCUUCCAGAAAAAUUCUUUAAUUUUGCAUAUUAUUGUGAAUUUUGCAGCAUAUACAUCCGGCGGAAUGACUGGUUGUAUCAUUGUGCCAACUGUAGAUAUUUUGCCCAUAUCAAGUGUGCCUUAAUUGCAGAACAACCUUUUAUUCAAAGAGAUGGUCCGAGUACUUCUACUGUUGAUGAUGAUGAAAAUGGUUUGCUGCAUUUUCCCAUGUCAGAUGAAUUUACAGAUCCAUUAAAACUACAACAUUAUGAAAAAAUAAAUCAAGAUGAUGAUGAUCAAAAAACUGUGAUUGAGCAUCAGCAUUGGAGUCAUGAACAUCCAUUAAUCCUUCAUGUUCAACCUCAACCUAACAACAUGUCUGAUUGUAGUGAUCCAAUAAAGAUGUGA